AUGCCCACAAUCGGAGUCAACAAGGAGGAGUUCUUUGAGGAGCUCGGUCAGCGCUACACCGCCGACGAGUUCCAGAGGCUCUGCUUCGACUAUGGUAUCGAGCUCGACGAGGAUACUGAAGAUGACCCGACGCGGCCCAAGGACGAGCCGGCGCAGCUCAAGAUCGAGACGCCCGCCAACCGCGCCGACCUGCUCUGCUUCGAGGGUAUCGCCGCCAGCCUGAAUGUAUUUCGGGGCAAGAUGGCCCCGCCGGCUUAUAAGGUGCUUGAUAUGCCCGAGGACCAGAUGCAGAGCAUCACGGUCAAGCCUGAGACGGCCGACGUGAGGCCGUACAUCGCCGGCGCCAUCCUCCGCAACGUCAAGUUCACCCAGUCCACAUAUAACUCCUUCAUGGGCCUGCAGGAGAAGCUUCAUGCCAAUCUGGCUCGGCAAAGGACGCUGGUUGCCAUUGGAACGCAUGAUCUGGACACCAUCAAGGGUCCUUUUACCUACGAGGCCAGGAAACCAGAGGAUAUCAAGUUCAGGCCACUGAACCAGGCCAAGGAGAUGGAUGGUAACGAGAUGAUGGAGACGUUAGAUAAGGACAAGCACCUGAGCAAAUACCUGCACAUUAUCCGCGACUCACCCAGGUACCCUGUCAUCUACGACGCCAAUGAGGUUGUGUGCUCUGUCCCACCCAUCAUCAACGGCGACCACUCCAAGAUUACGCUCAACACGACAAACGUUUUAAUAGAAGCCACCGCAACGGAUGCAACCAAGCUCAAAAUCGUCAUUGACACCAUGGUGACCAUGUUCUCGACGUACUGCGCAGACAAGUUCACGGUCGAGCCGGUGCUGAUCAAACGUCCCGACGGUACCACGGUUGUCACGCCUGACCUGGAGCCGAGGAGAAUGGAGGUCGAGGUGGACUACAUCAACCAAUGCUGCGGCCUCUCCGAGUCUGCCGACGGCAUCUGCAAGCUGCUGGCGAAGAUGGCCUUUGUCGCCAAGCCCCUCAGCGCGAGUAUCAUCGAGGUCUACAUCCCGCCCACACGGUCCGACAUCCUUCACGCGUGCGACGUGAUGGAGGAUGUCGCCGUUGCCUAUGGCUUCAACAACCUCCCACGCUCGCUGCCCACAAAGUCGGCCACCGUCGGCAAGGGUCUCCCCAUCAACAAGCUCAGCGACAUCGUUCGGGCCGAGUGCGCCAUGGCUGGCUGGAAGGAGGUGAUGCCGCUGGUCCUGUGCUCGCACGACGAGAACUUUGCCUGGCUGAACCGCGUCGACGAUGGCAAGACGGCCGUCCGAAUCGCGAACCCAAAGUCGGCUGAGUACCAGGUCGUGCGGACGUCGCUGCUCCCCGGCCUGCUCAAAACGGUGCGCGAGAACAAGUCGGUCAAGCUGCCGCUCAUGAUCAUGGAGACGUCCGACGUCGUCGUCAAGGACGACGCCCUCGAGCGCAAGGCCCGCAACGUCAGGCAUUGGGCCGCCGCCUACUGCGGCACCACCAGCGGUUUCGAGAUCGUCCACGGUCUGCUCGACCGCAUCAUGUCGAUGCUGCGCGUCCCCGUCGGCACCUACUAUAUUUCUGAGAUUGACGAGCCCACCUUCUUUGGCGGUCGUGCCGCCGCCGUCUUUUUGCGCCAGGGAGGCGACAAGGCCGAGCCCGUCCGGAUCGGCGAGUUGGGCGUUUUGCAUCCCACGGUUUUGGACAAGUUCGACUUGAGAUACCCUGUGAGCACACUCGAAAUCAACCUCGAGGUUCUACUGUGA